AUGGAUCAACAGUUGCAAUAUGAUCAUUCACUUGACGUAACGCCGCCACAGCAAGGUGGAUCCAAAUCUUUUGAUGAUGAUGGUCGACUUAAAAGAACAGGAACCAUAUGGACAGCGACUUCACAUAUUAUAACGGCCGUCAUAGGAUCAGGAGUGCUGUCAUUAGCAUGGGCCAUAGCUCAGCUUGGUUGGAUUCUUGGUCCAGCUGUGAUGUUGGUGUUCGCCUUUGUGAUUUACUACACAUCCUGUUUACUUUCUGACUGCUAUAGAACUGGUGACCAAGUUACUGGCACGAGAAACUAUACUUACAUGGAUGCUGUUAGCACAAAUCUUGGUGGCUCUAAGGUCAAGCUUUGUGGGUUGAUUCAAUACAUAAAUCUUUUUGGUGUGGGAAUUGGAUAUACGAUUGCAGCAUCCAUAAGUAUGAUGGCUGUUGAGAGGUCCAACUGUUUCCAUGCUAGCCACAAUGAUAACCCGUGCCUUACAUCGAGUACCCCAUACAUGAUCAUAUUUGGUGUAUUACAAAUCAUAUUCUCCCAAAUACCAGACUUUGAUCAAAUUACAUGGCUAUCAAAGGUUGCUGCAGUCAUGUCGUUUACUUAUUCCGGGAUCGGAAUGGGUCUCGGAAUCGCUAAAGUGGCAGAAAAUGGGACAUUCAAAGGAAGUCUGUCCGGAAUUAGCAUUGGUACGGUAACUCAAGCCCAAAAGAUAUGGAGGAAAUCCCAAGCGCUUGGAAACAUUGCUUUUGCUUACUCGUAUUCGAUGAUCCUAAUCGAAAUUCAGGACACAUUAAAAGCACCACCAUCAGAAGCUACAACUAUGAGGAAAGCAAGUUUAUUCAGUGUUUCAACUACGACCAUCUUCUACAUGCUUUGUGGAUGUAUGGGCUAUGCGGCAUUCGGUGACAUGGCACCAGGAAACCUUCUAACAGGGUUUGGGUUCUACAAUCCAUAUUGGUUGGUCGAUAUUGCCAACGUUGCAAUUGUAAUUCACCUUGUUGGAGGUUACCAAGUCUAUUGCCAGCCCUUAUUUGCCUUCAUCGAGAAAUGUGCAGCAACUAAAUGGCCAAAGAGUGAUUUCGUCAACAAAAACUUUCAAGUACCUAUCCCAGGAUGCCGCCCUUACAAUCUCAACCUAUUCAGAGUUGUUUGGAGAACACUAUUUGUGGUGCUAACUACACUUAUAUCGAUGCUUCUUCCGUUCUUCAACGAUGUUAUUGGGAUUAUUGGCGCAUUUGGCUUCUGGCCGUUAACUGUUUAUUUCCCGGUGGAGAUGUACAUAUCACAGAAAAAGAUACCCAAGUGGAGUCCCAAAUGGUUUUGCCUUCAACUACUGAGCGCUAUUUGUUUAGUAAUCUCAAUUGCAGCUAUAGCCGGAUCAGUGGUAGGUGUCGUUGAUCUUAAGGUUUAUCAUCCCUUCAAAUCUAACUAUUGA